AUGGCAGAAACGAAAAAUGCUGCUGAACCAAUGGGUCCCCCGAAAGAGAAGAAUGUAAGUGGAUUAUCUCCAAAAAUAUAUCAAAGAAUAAAAUUUCAGGAUCCUUCUCAUGAUUCCGAGACGUACAACCGUUCACAUACUUCAAGCAGAUCUUUACCGUUUGAAAAGUUGAAGCAUCAGCAAGAAUUCGUGAUCACUCAAAAGGAAAAGGAAAAAAGUGUUCCUCCUUUACUUAAUAAAAGAAGCGCAUCCGUUGAGAACCUUGGUUCCACUUCUUGUAUCUCUUCUAGAAGCAACUUUACCCCCGGACAAAGAACGCAUUCCUCGUUUGCUCCACGAGAGAAUUAUGAUUAUAAUCAAAGCGAUCAAGUGAAAGAGAAAUCACAACCGAUGCCAGUUUCCAGAUUUCGAAUGGCAAGGUUACGGCUACGGAGCUUUUGGGAUUAUGUUUGCCUAGAGUUGACGGCCUCUGAUACUGUAUCUGCGAAUCCAAUCAAACAAACAAUGAUCAAAAAUUUCUUUGCUACUCCACUCUCCAUUGAAAAGACUCUUCUUUAUGGAUGGUUUGUUUGCGUCGACAGCUUUCUCUACGUCUUCACCCUUUUACCCAUACGCAUUUUCCUAUCCAUUUUCUUGUUAUUUCAAUUCGUUUUUUAUAAUGCCUUCCGUUUUCUAUUCCCUAGCAGUAAAGUAUCCUCAAUUGCUUUUUCCAGAUGCAGAAAAAUUGAUCUUAUAAAAGUCUCUUUAUUACUUUCGACAAGUAUUUUAAUUCGAAGGCUUGAUGUUAGUCGCCUAUAUCAUGUUAUUCGAGCUCAAGCUAGCAUUCGUUUUUAUGUUUUAUACAAUGUUUUGGAAAUUGCGGAUAGACUUUGUGGUGCUUUAGGACAAGACGUUCUUGAUUGUUUGUUUGCUGAUUACAAUCUUUCCUUUCAUUUUUUGGAUCUUUCAGGUUGGCUAAGGUUUUUCUACUACUACUUUAUCUCGCUUGCAUACAUGGUAUUGCACACAUUGGUUCUUUUAUACCAAAUAGUUACUUUAAACGUUACUGUGAACUCUUACUCUAAUGCAGUUCUUGCUCUCUUGAUGUCAAAUCAGAUGGUAGAGAUUAAAGGAUCUGUAUUUAAAAAAUUUGAAAAAGAAAAUUUGUUUCAGUUGACAUGUUCAGAUGUCAUCGAGCGUUUCCAGAUUACAGUCAUGGCGACUGUUAUAUUUUUAAGAAAUCUAACAGAAAUGUAUACUACUUCCUCACUAGAUGCCCCCUUAAUAACUUUUGACCGUCUUGGAACACUAAUGGCUCCAUUUUUUUGGGUCAUUGGUUCUGAAUUAUUUGUGGAUUGGCUUAAGCAUGCUUUUAUCACAAAGUUUAAUUAUAUUAAACCGAGUAUUUAUGGAAGAUUUACUGACGUCCUCUGUCAUGAUUAUGUUGCUUCUGGUGGACGGCCUGCUCAGACUGUCACUGGGAAAUCCCAGCAUGUUGCACGAAGAAUGGGCCUUCCAGUUCUUCCCCUUGUCUGUGUGUUUAUUCGGACGUCCAUGCAAACAUGGAGUAUGUUUCGAUCAACACAUUCCAUGAAACAAGAAAUUGCCAAAUCAAUGGGAGUGCUUCUACCUACCGGAGAUAAUUACAUUUAUUACCUACCAAAAGGACAAUCUCAUGUUUACAACAUUGAAAAAGAACCUUCAUGGGAAUCGAUUUUCUUAUCCUGGUUACAAGGAAAAGCAGGAAUAGCUAUUUUGUUCUUUAUUUUGCUCAUGCUCAAACUCAUUUUGGGAAUGGCUCUCCUUUCUUUUGCUCAAUCCAGAUACAGGUCUAUGAAAGUACGAGAGGAAGAUACGGAAACGUGGGAAAAAGAACGCAAGACAAACAAUUUUUUCAGAGGACAUAUUGAAAUCGACAAUCCAACCAAAGCGUAUCUUAACAACUCCAAAGAUGAUUUGCCCGUCAGUAAGGGCCAACUACUCACAUUAGAGCGAUACUCGAUGUUUUCAAAGCGUAUAUGGUAA